AUGACAGCGGUCGAGAACGACUGUAAUGACGAGUUCCUUCUUGACCAUCUCUUGGAGCAGCAUGAGAGCCUCGUCGAUACCGUCGUCGCCCUUCAGGUCACCAAAAAUCGUCUUGACACGUAUCCCAUGUCCCGAGUGGUACAGGUAGACAAGGUCCUUCGGCUAGGCUUCUUGGACACCUGCUGGAGAACCCUGAUCAUGUUUUCAUAUGUGGGCCGUUGGGAUUUGUCCUCUCUCGGCGCCCUACUAUCGUCGUCGCCUAGUGUCGUAGCCCUACUCAGCAAUGUGUACUACUUCAUAUUCUCUCGGGCUGGAGCAAUGGGGGACAUUCGGAAAGCAAUCGACAGAGCCGAGGAAGCAAUGGAAGCUACGCGCACCGAUGACCCCGCCUACGCGUCCUGCCUGAGGAAUCUUAUUGUGAUAUUGAUAAAGAAAUACGAGUGUACGAGUUCGCUCGCCUACGGUGGCUCCGCUCGGCGGCCGACUGUGCCCUGCAGCCCAACCUCAACCUCGAAGCCCUCCGAAGGACUGCACAGAGUGGCCAAAAGCAACAAGGUCUUGAACGUGUCGUCCCUUAUCGGCCUCUCUGUUACUCCCUCCGGAUCGGGCAGCCUCGCCCCCUCCACGCCAGGAAGCAAACGCAAGAUUUCACCGUCGGCCGAGACGUCCUCGCCAAAGCAUAUCUCGGUCCUAGUUACCCCAAGCAAGCAGCCAUCCAACGUCUCCCCGGGUGCAGCAUUCUCCACCCAACCCCUUUUUGCCCCCAAGCAGCUUUUUCCACAUGGCGAGGCAAAGAUAGCCCGGCAAUACACGCAUAGUCAUCCGCCACCACCACCAUGGAGGCAAGAUGGAGAAAAAGAUGCCAUUUGGCACAAGAAGCACGUCUUGCUCCUAUAUAACUUGCGAGACCUCAGCAUCAACAUUCACACGGAAGAAAUACAGAAGCUACUCUGUAGCAUCUUCCCCGGGGCCUAUAACGUCGCCAGGGCCCGGUCCCAUCUCAUCUUUCAGCUCAGUAGGUGGCCCAGCCCCCCCUGGCCACUUACGGUCGGCGGCUUGCCUAUCACACUUGUGAUUAGGGACGUUUUGACUGCGGAGGGUCGCGCCUUCAUAUUCCCGAGGCAAAUCUUUGGGAACGGUAGCAUCCCGAUCUGCUCUGAAGCCCAUUAUACUAACGCGGCCACGUUCUCCGACGCACUUCUCUGCCGGCUGAGGUCUGAUAUCAAUGCCUACUUCCUCAAGCACGCGCCUCCGGGUGUCCGCAUGCUGGAAUUAAUUCACACGUGCGAACGCGCUUUCUACGUCGUCCUGGACGAUCAUCCAGGAGCUCCGCCAGCCGUCUUCUCCACCACAUCGGGCGUGUUAGUGCAGAACGCCGCCGGGGAUACCUUCAUGACGAGCGCUUCGCACGGGAUCGGAGAGGGCGGGACAGUGUGGCAUGCCGACCGCCCUGACCGCACAAUUAGCGAGACCGUGGUUGAGAUCCCCUUUACCGACGUCAGCCUACUCAAGCUCAAGGACGAUGUCGUAUUUGUUAAUAAGAUCUUUGAGACGGAUGCCGGCGCGGUGCCCCAGUUUACUCGCCUGAAGACUUCGACUGAUGAGCUAUCGUACGGUUCCCUAUGCUACCUCAACAGCCCAUAUACCGGCAAUAUGGACGCGGUCUUAGUGGCCAAUUCAAUACGAUAUUUUGAAACCUCCCCGUAUCUUACCGAGAGUCAGCUAGCUUAUAAUCUCUACAACUGGUCAUACACGGGCCAGAAAGAGGGCAACGAGGGCAAGUUUCAACCUCCAGACGGCACGUGCGGCUCGGUUAUUUGGAAUGACGAGGGCGUCAUUACGGGCUUCUAUCAUUAUCACAUUGAAGAUGGGCCGUGGGCUGGGUUUGCGCUUUCUGCGAGUGCCAGUGCUGUGGUAGAUGCGGGAUACAGUCUGGCCAAGUAA